AUGUCGACGACUGCGCCUACGACAAUGGAUCAGGCCCUUAUGGGCCGCAAGACGGGGUGGUUUGCGGAUCGAGGCAUCAUUACCAUCAAUCUUCUCUUGGUGUUGUGCCAGAUCUCGUCGUAUGCUACUGGUUACGAUGGGUCUAUGAUGAACGGAUUACAGUCUCUUGAUGAGUGGAAAGAGUUCUUUCAUCAACCUGGCGCCAGUACCUUAGCUUUGUAUGCUUCUACGACAUAA